AGUCUUCCAAAGUAUAAACAUGUGGAGAAUUAUUUUAUUAUUUUUGUUCAGUGCCGCGGAAUUAACAUCAAUAGAGAAGUUUAUGGGGGAAUGGCUACCGAUAGUCACAUUUCCGAACGUAGUAACAUACCCUAUAUGUGACAAAUAUACCAUGACUGUGAAAAAAGAGAAUGCAUGCACAUGUGGGAAUCAAACAGCAGAUUUGAUAACAUCAGAAAAAGGACCAACGGAUACACCAGCUCGUUCAAUAGUAAUGCCAACUUUAGUAGUUGAGAAUAUAGAAGAAGUUGCACCAGCCUUGGAAUUAAAAUGUAAAUGUAAUGACGAAAUCAAAAGGCAAGCCAUUUUUCGUCUUAUCAAUGAUAACUAUUACGUUGUGUACGAAAAGCACCCGCAAAAUAUGCAUUCAAUCGAAGAACCAAAUACCGCGAAUUUAUUGGUGAAAAAUGUGCCCACAACGGCCGAAUUGAAGCAGAUGAUUGCCAGCAUUUCUGACUUGAAGAACAGAAGCGCUGGGAUAAUGUGUGAUCCAGAUACAAAUUAUAAACAUUAAUUGAUCUACUACUUGUGUAUAAAUGUAGCCAUAUAUUGGGCCCAAUUAUAUCUGUUAAUCAUACUUUACUAAGACACACUGUUCGCGCCACUUCGUCGUUGUGCUAUGCGCCUACCACUUUAUGAUGAGCAACGGCUUAACUUUAAGGUAACCGUCAUAGGAUUAAGAUUUUGGUAAUCGGUCAACUCGCAUUAUACGUCUCUUCCCCCUUUGGCAAAAAUUUGUUUUAUUCCGUAGUUAAGUC